AUGAAGAACGGCAAUUGCAUAGCUGCUGCAUGUAUCCCUAGCCACCGCAAUGUUCGCCGCCGUGAACUCAAAGAAGGAGAAGGAGUAGUCUCAGUCAGCUCUCUACCGGAUGAGAUCCUCCAACAUAUCCUUUGCUUUCUCCCCACGAAAUUAGUUGUGACAACAUCGGUCUUGUCCAGUCGAUGGAGGCAUAUAUGGUGCGAUACACCUUCCAUCUCCUUGAAUAGCUCCACAUUGGGGGUUGCUUCGAUAAUGGUAAGGCAACAUCGCUACAAAGCUCCGAAGAUGAUGAGUUUACACCUCCAAACCGGCACGAGGGAGAACGUUAAACACAUCAACACGUGGAUCGAAUUGGCCAUGUCCCGCCGUGUGGAGAAAAUGUAUUUGGAACUCAAGUUUAAAAGAGGUUACUAUGAAUUUCCUGAUUUCUUCUACAUCAAUUCCUCUGUCAAGGAGCUCAGAGUUGCGUUUAUGUUUAACGCAAAUUUUACACUGAUCCCGAAAUGCUCCGUGUCUUGGGCAUCCCUGAAGAAGUUGUCAUUACGUGCAUGUAGACUCUCCAAUAUGUCCAUUGCUAUGAUUCUCUCUGGCUGUCCGAUUCUCGAGUUCUUGAAACUGGAUUCCUGCGAUGAUCUGCGGGUGCUUGAUCUCAGCAAUUCGCUACGUCUGAGGACAUUACAUGUAAGACGCCCAUACAUCGGCCCAUACUUCAGGGAUCCGAGUCCGAUGCAGAUUGUUGCACCACAUGUCCGUUGUCUCAAACUAAUAAACUCUCUGUUACUAUGCGAUUUAGUCGACCUCUCCUCUUUAGCUGAAGCUAAACUGAGCAUUUACUUUGACGAUCUUUUAAGAAUCGAGCCUGAUUCUCUUGGAGUCCUGGUGGUAAAGAUGGCAGAAAUGUUAGAAAAGUUGCACAAUGUAGAGAAGCUUACUCUUGGGAGAAAAUUUAUUGAGAUUUUGUCUCAUCCCGAGCUUGGUAGUGUGCCUUUUCCGAUGUUCAAGAUCAAAGCUUUGACUCUUGAGACACCCUUUGCUGAGGCUAGCUAUGUUAUUCCUCCUGCUAUUGAAAAACUGUUACAACACUCACCUGAUUUAAAGAAGCUAAACCCUACACACAAGAGCUUGCUACACAAAGCCUGGAGAAGCAUCUUGACAACUACUCGAAUUUGUAAGGCUUGGACGCUGAUCAAUGCUAAAGAUCAAAACAUGGAGUCUUUUGGAAGAUGUCCCGUUGGAAAGUAG